AUGAGGCUGACUGUAGAAAGCACGGCUUUCUUCUUUCUAGUAGUGCUUUCGUCGACUAGUGCAUUUUAUCUACCAGGCUUGGCACCCAACGUAUUCUGUCGGAAUCCUAUACCAGAUUCGAAAUGCAAAACAAAAUUAGACGUAUUUGUCAAUCGACUUGAUUCGGUUGAAUCAGUAUUGCCCUAUGAAUAUUCAUAUUUUGAUUUUUGUGGAAUAGCAGAUGAACCAUCACCAGUUGAAAAUCUCGGUCAAGUUUUAUUCGGUGAACGAAUUCGCCCAUCGCCAUACAAAUUUAAUUUUUUGAAAAAUGAAGAUUGCCAUUUUGUAUGCCAAAAGAAAUAUGAAGCAGGUGAUAUUCAAAAGCAAAAAAUGCUUAAACGUUUAAUGAAAGGAAUGGUUUUAAAUUAUCAACAACAUUGGAUUAUCGAUAAUAUGCCUGUAGCACUAUGUUAUAGAAAUACAGAGAAUCAAGAGUUUUGUUCACGUGGCUUUCCUGUUGGAUGUUAUGUUACAAAAAGUGGCCAAUCAAAAGAAUCGUGUAAUAUUCGUGAUGGAAAAAAUGAUACAUUUUAUGUUUUCAAUCAUUUGGAUUUUGAAAUCACUUAUCAUAGUGGACAGGAUGAAACAUGGGGUAGUGCCUUUGGUGAAGAUGGUGGUCGAAUUAUUGCCGCAAAAGUUCAAGUCAACAGUUUGAAUUCAGAUAAAUGUGAUCGUAGUAGCGAACCAGUUAUGUUUCAAUCAACGUCAAAAAAUGUUGAAAUACCAUUUACAUAUAGUGUUAAAUUUAUUCGAAAUAAUGAAAUACGUUGGGCCAGUCGGUGGGAUUAUAUAUUAAAAUCAUUACCACAAACACGUAUUCAAUGGUUUUCUAUUUUAAAUUCCUUGGUUAUCGUAUUAUUUCUAUCCGGUAUGGUUGCUAUGAUUUUAUUACGCACAUUACAUAAAGACAUUGCUCGUUAUAAUCAAAUGGUUGAUGCAGAUGAUGCACAAGAAGAAUUCGGAUGGAAAUUAGUUCAUGGUGAUGUAUUUCGACCACCACAAAAAGGAAUGCUCCUUGCCGUUCUCAUUGGCAACGGUGCUCAAAUUGCCAUCAUGUCAUUAAUUACUCUAGUUUUUGCCUGCUUCGGCUUUCUUUCACCAGCAAGUCGAGGUGCUCUGAUGACUUGUGCUAUUGUCUGUUAUGUUCUUUUGGGUACACCCGCUGGUUAUACAUCAGCUCGUUUAUAUAAAAUGUUCGGUGGCGAAAGAUGGAAGAAAAAUGUUCUUAUGACAGCUGUUGCAUGUCCUGGCGCAAUUUUUGCCAUCUUCUUUAUUUUAAAUCUCGUCCUUUGGGCAAAUGGUAGUUCAGCAGCCAUUCCAUUUACAACAUUUUUAGCACUGCUUGCUCUCUGGUUUUGUGUUUCAACACCAUUGGUAUUCAUUGGUGCUUAUCUUGGUUUCAAACGACCAGUUUCCGAUAAUCCUGUUCGCACCAAUCAAAUACCACGUCAAGUACCUGAACAAACUUUAUAUACUAAACCAAUACCAGGCAUAUUAAUGGGUGGUAUUCUACCAUUCGGUUGCAUAUUCAUUCAACUAUUUUUUAUUUUGAACAGUAUUUGGGCACAUCAAUAUUAUUACUUUUUUGGAUUUUUACUUGUCGUUUAUAUUAUACUGAUAAUAACAUGUUCAGAAACAACAAUUCUUCUUUGUUACUUUCAUCUAUGUGCUGAAGAUUAUAAUUGGUGGUGGCGCUCGUUUUUAACAUCGGGUUUUACUGCAGUUUAUUUCUUUCUCUACUCAAUCUAUUAUUUUGCAACAAAAUUAGAAAUAUCUGAUGGAACAUCAACAUUUCUUUACUUUGGUUAUACGUUGAUGCUUACAUUUAUUCUAUUUUUAUUCACAGGCACAAUCGGAUUUCUUGCUUGCUUCUGGUUUGUUCAUAUAAUCUAUUCUGUCAUCAAAGUGGAUUAA